AUGAGGUCGAUGGUGAAGCAAAAGGCGGAGGGAGUACUGGAAAGGAUUGGUGGUGUAUGUAAAUGGUUGGAGCAAGGAAACAGUGGCAUAUCAGACUGUUUUUUUUGGACUGGACAACAACAAAUAAAUAGCAGAGUUUUUGGGCCAUUGCAGGCUGCUACUUUUGGACUGGUUUGUGGAAACCCUGCUGACAAAAGUAAUGAUGUUAUUGUUGUUGGUGAAAUUGUUGCAUUUACUGGUGCUGAUGCUGACAAAGAAGGAGAAGAGAAUGAGAUUGAGGCCGAUGCAUGA